AUGCGGAGAGUACGCAAAAGAAGACUAAACGUGGGUCCAUACAGUUCUACAGAGGUCAAUGCUGACCGGCGUGUCGCAUCUGAUUUGAACCGCACGCCAUGCCCCACAGUCUUCCCCAUCUUUUUAAAGGAGCCGACGGAAAAGUCUUCGUUACAAUGGGUCAAGCCGUCUUUGGGUCCACAUCGAACCUGUCUAUACGGGAUAAAUCUCGAACCAUCAAACCAUGUCAAAGUGGCUGUCUUUGACCUUGACGGCACCGUCAUCAAGUCUUCCUACGGCAAAGGUAAAACUAGUGUUGGACCGACGGAGUUCAUCUGGUGGAAAGAAGGUGUCCCGAAGAAGCUCACUGCUGUCUCUCAGGCUGGAUAUUCCCUCGUUUUCAUCACUAAUCAAGCUGGUCUCAAGGGACCCAAACAAGUUGAUGAAUGGAAAAGAAAGAUGUCUAAGUUUUCAGUUGCUCUACCCGAUGUACCAUUUCGGAUAUUUGCCGCUACUGCAAAAGAUGGAUUUCGGAAGCCCAUUCCCGGAAUGUGGUACGAGCUUGAACGCAUCUUUAAAGAGAGCGGUGUUGAGAUCGACAAGUCUCAGUCGUAUUACGUCGGCGAUGGAGCUGGGCGGCCAACCGAUUUCGCGUGCACCGAUCGAAAGUUCGCUAUCAACGUAGGUGUACGGUUUUACACCCCGGAGGAGUUUUUCAUCAAAGCAGCACCAGCGGCAUAUAAUCUCCCCGGAUUCCACGUAUCCUCACUCAAACAACCCUCUACGAAACCCGCAGACGCACCACCCAUCAUCCCUCCAGGCUCGCCUCCCCAGGAAGUGGUUGUCUUCGUCGGCUACCCUGCUCUUGGGAAGUCGACUUUCUUCAAGCGCCAUUUUCUUCCACUUGGUUAUGUUCACGUCAAUCAAGAUACACUGAAAACAAGGGAUAAAUGCGUUAAGGCUGUCCAAGAGGCUCUCUCAGCAGGGAAGAGUUGUGUCGUAGACAACACGAACCGAGACGUGAUGACAAGAAAGUUCUAUGUCGACAUAGCAAAAAAGUACAAAGUUCCCAUUCGGUGUUUCCAUUUUGAAGGGAGCCAGGGAUUAGCGUGGCAUAAUAAUCUUUAUAGGGCGUUCAACCGUCCGCCCUCCAGUGUCAUCGGAGAGCCGGCUCGGGACCUCCUUCCGAAAUUCGCGUUCGCGACUUAUGAGAAGGGAUUUGAAGAGCCCACAAUGGAAGAAGGCUUUGAUGAAAUACAGAAAGUUCAAUGGCAGUUUGAGGGCAGUGAAGAAGAAAGGCAAAGGUGGAGCAUGUGGUUACAAAUCGAUGGGAAGUGA